UUCCGCCAGCGCGGGGUCGCGCGCUGGGAGUCCGAGUCUCGCGAACGCGCCGGGAGCGUCCCCAGAGCCGGGAGCGCGCCUGGCGGAUGACAACAAAUUCUUUGCGCCGCGGCGGUGGAGGUGUCCGCCUCAGCCCUUGCCGCGUCUCAGCGCGCUCUCUCGCACCUUUUCCCUGUGCCCACUAGGACCGCCGCGGAAGCCCCCGGGCCUGGGGCGACGGGAACUCCUCCGCCUUGUCCCCGCCAGGCCUAGCGCGGGCGGCGCAGGCGAUGGGGUCGCCCUGAGGGACGCCUGGCGCCGUGAGGGCAUGGAGGGGCCACCUCGGGCUUAGGCCCCGCCGCGGUCUGGGGACGCCGGCCGGGACCCGAGGCACCGCCGCCGCGGCCUGGAGCCGAGCCUGCGCCCCCAAGGCCAGAGCCGCAGCCCCCGCCGGCCCAGCUGCCAGCCCUCAUCAUGCCUUGGCCGUUUUCAGAGUCCAUCAAGAAGAGGGCCUGUCGGUACCUCCUGCAGAGGUACCUGGGCCACUUCCUGCAGGAGAAGCUGAGCCUGGAGCAGCUCAGCCUGGACCUGUACCAGGGCACCGGGUCCCUCGCCCAGGUCCCCUUGGACAAAUGGUGUCUCAAUGAGAUCCUGGAGUCAGCAGAUGCGCCGUUAGAAGUCACUGAAGGCUUCAUACAGUCAAUUUCUCUGUCAGUUCCAUGGGGCUCUUUGCUACAGGAUAAUUGUGCACUGGAAGUGAAAGGAUUAGAAAUGGUCUUCCGACCUAGACCUCGCCUAGCAACUGGUUCUGAGCCUAUGUAUUGGUCAAGUUUCAUGACCAGCAGUAUGCAAUUGGCAAAAGAAUGUCUUAGCCAGAAACUAACAGAUGAACAAGGAGAAGGAUCGCAGCCUUUUGAAGGACUUGAAAAGUUUGCUGAAACCAUUGAAACAGUGCUAAGAAGAGUGAAAGUCACUUUUAUAGACACUGUCUUGAGAAUUGAACAUGUGCCAGAAAAUUCCAAAACUGGAACUGCACUUGAAAUUCGGAUAGAAAGAACCAUAUACUGUGAUGAAACUGCUGACGAGUCCUCAGGAAUUAAUGUACAUCAACCCACAGCUUUUGCUCACAAGUUACUUCAGCUCUCUGGAGUCUCUCUCUUCUGGGAUGAGUUUUCUGCAUCAGCAAAAUCUUCCCCAGUGUGUUCAGCUGCACCAGUGGAAACUGAGCCAAAGCUGUCACCUAGCUGGAAUCCCAAAAUUGUUUAUGAGCCACACCCACAGCUAACAAGAAAUUUGCCAGAGGUAGCACCCUCUGACCCAGUGCAGAUUGGAGGGCUAAUUGGUAGGUUGGAGUUGAGUCUCACGUUGAAACAGAAUGAAGUACUUCCUGGAGCUAAGUUGGAUAUUGAUGGACAGAUAGACUCUAUUCAUCUUUUCCUGUCGCCAAGACAGGUACACUUGCUUUUGGAUAUGUUAGCGGCUAUUGCUGGACCAGAAAAUUCUAGCAAAAUAGGGUUAGCUAAUAAAGAUAGAAAAAAUCGACCCAUGCAGCAGGAAGAGGAAUAUCGAAUUCAGAUGGAAUUAAAUCGGUAUUACUUGAGAAAAGAUUCCCUCUCUGUCGCUGUAUCUUCAGAGCAAAGCUUUUAUGAGACAGAAACGGCUCGUACACCUUCUAGCCGUGAGGAAGAAGUUUUCUUCUCCAUGGCUGAUAUGGACAUGUCCCAUAGUCUCUCUUCUCUUCCACCCCUUGGAGACCCCCCAAAUAUGGACCUUGAAUUAUCACUAACUAGUACAUACACAAAUACGCCAGCAGGAUCUCCAUUAAGUGCUACUGUGCUUCAGCCAACCUGGGGAGAAUUCCUUGAGCAUCAUAAAGAACAGCCGGUAAGAGGGUCAACAUUGCCAUCCAACCUAGUUCACCCAGCACCUUUACAGAAGACUUCUCUCCCAUCUAGAUCUGUUUCAGUGGAUGAAUCCAGGCCUGAACUUAUUUUUAGACUAGCUGUGGGAACUUUUUCAAUCUCUGUGCUUCACAUUGAUCCUUUAUCUCCACCUGAAACGUCAUUGAACCUUAAUCCAUUGACACCUAUGGCGAUAGCUUUCUUUACUUGUAUAGAAAAGAUUGAUCCAGCAAGAUUUUCAACAGAAGAUUUUAAGUCUUUCCGAGCAAUAUUUGCAGAAGCUUGCUCACAUGAUCACCUUAGAUUCAUAGGCACUGGCAUCAAAGUAUCCUAUGAACAAAGACAAAGAUCAGCUUCCCGAUAUUUUAGUACCGAUAUGUCCAUUGGGCAAAUGGAACUUUUGGAGUGCCUGUUUCCAACUGAUUUUCAUUCUGCUCCUCCUCACUAUACAGAGCUUUUAAUGUUCCAUUCCAAAGAACGAACUGAUUCCCAUCCCCCCAUGUGUCUUCAGCUUCAUUAUAAGCAUUCUGAGCAUAAAGGACCCCAGGGUAAUCAAGCAAGACUUAGUUCUGUUCCUCAGAAGGCAGAAUUACAAAUUAAAUUAAAUCCAGUAUUUUGUGAGCUGGAUAUCAGUAUUGUGGACAGGUUAAAUUCCUUGCUUCAACCACAGAAACUUACUACAGUGGAGAUGAUGGCGUCUCACAUGUAUACUUCAUAUAAUAAGCAUAUUAGUCUGCACAAGGCUUUCACUGAAGUAUUUCUAGAUGAUUCACAUAAUCCUGCAAAUUGUCGGAUAUCAGUACAAGUUGCCACACCAGCGUUAAACCUUUCUGUUCGCUUCCCAAUACCUGAUCUUCGAUCAGAUCAAGAAAGAGGACCAUGGUUUAAGAAGUCACUUCAGAAGGAGAUCCUUCAUUUAGCAUUCACAGAUCUAGAAUUUAAGACUGAAUUCAUAGGAGGAUCAACCCCAGAGCAAAUUAAAUUGGAACUUACCUUUAGAGAACUAGUUGGGUCAUUCCAGGAAGAUAAAGGAGAACCAUCUGUUAAGUUUUUCCAUGUGUCUAGUGGAGUAGAUGGAGAUGCAACAUCAUCAGAUGACUUUGACUGGCCACGAAUUGUACUGAAAAUAAACCCACCAGCCAUGCACUCCAUUUUGGAGAGAAUAGCAGCUGAGGAAGAAGAGGAGAGCGAUGGCCACUAUCAGGAAGAAGAAGAAGGAGGUGCUCAUUCCCUGAAAGAUGUUUGUGAUCUGAGAAGACCAGCCCCGUCUCCCUUCUCUUCCCGUAGAGUAAUGUUUGAAAAUGAGCAGAUGGUGAUGCCUGGAGACCCUGUAGAAAUGACAGAGUUUCAGGAUAAAGCAAUCAGCAACUCGCACUAUGUGCUGGAACUUACAUUACCCAAUAUUCAUAUAACUCUACCUAAUAAAGGCUUUUAUGAGAAGCUUUAUAAUAGGAUUUUUAAUGACUUGCUGCUAUGGGAACCAACAGCUCCUUCACCAGUGGAGACAUUUGAAAAUAUUUCAUAUGGUAUUGGGCUUUCAGUAGCCAGUCAACUGAUUAAUACUUUCAACAAAGAUAGUUUUAGUCCAUUUAAAUCUACAGUUCACUAUGAUGAGGAAAGUGGAUCUGAGGAGGAGACUUUGCAGUAUUUUUCUACUGUUGAUCCCAACUAUCGUUCCCGUAGGAAAAAAAAACUAGACUCUCAGAACAAGAACUCGCAGAGUUUUCUCUCAGUUCUUCUGAGUAUUAAUCAUGGAUUAAUGGCAGUUUUUACAGAGGUAAAGCAAGAUAAUGGAGAUCUGUUGGAAAACAAGCAUGGUGAAUUCUGGUUAGAGUUCAAUAGUGGUUCCUUAUUUUGCGUGACAAGAUAUGAAGGUUUUGAUGACAAGCACUACAUCUGCCUUCAUUCUAGCAGUUUCAGUCUAUACCACAAAGGCAUAGUGGAUGGGGUGAUUCUUCCUAUGGAAACACGACUGCCUAGUUCAACCUGCCCACAUUGGUUGGAACCUACUAUUUAUUCCUCUGAAGAUGAUGGCCUCAGUAGAGCUUCUUCAGAUGGUGUUGGAGGAGACACAAUGAAUAUGCUCUCCGUUGCAGUUAAAAUAUUGUCUGAUAAAUCUGAAUCUAAUACAAAGGAGUUUCUCAUUGCUGUAGGACUGAAAGGAGCCACUCUCCAGCACAGAAUGCUUCCUUCUGGGCUUAGCUGGCAUGAGCAGAUUUUAUACUUCUUGAAUAUUGCUGAUGAGCCUGUUCUGGGAUAUAAUCCACCAACUUCAUUUACAACUUUUCAUGUUCAUCUCUGGAGCUGUGCACUUGAUUACAGGCCUCUUUAUUUGCCAAUCCGAUCUCUUCUUACUGUGGAAACAUUCAGCGUUUCUAGUAGCGUGGCCUUGGAUAAGUCAUCUUCUACUCUCAGAAUAAUUUUGGAUGAAGCUGCUUUAUAUCUGUCUGACAAGUGUAAUACUGUCACUAUAAAUUUGAAUAGAGAUUAUGUUCGUGUAAUGGAUAUGGGGCUUUUAGAAUUAACCAUAACUGCAGUGAAGUCUGAUUCUGAUGGAGAGCAAACUGAGCCACGCUUUGAAUUACACUGUUCCAGUGAUGUUGUCCAUAUCAGAACGUGCUCGGAUUCUUGUGCUGCAUUAAUGAAUCUCAUUCAGUACAUUGCAAGCUAUGGGGACUUACAUGCAGCUCACAAGGCAGAGGUGAAGCCUGGAACCCCUCAAAGAAAGGUGAAGGUAGAUUCCAGUGGUCGAUCGUCCUCACGUGGUCCAAUACUUCCUGAAGCAGAUCAGCAAAUUUUACGAGAUCUGAUGAGUGAUGCUAUGGAGGAGAUUGACAUGCAACAAGCCACUUCAUCUGUCAAACCACAGUCUAAUGGUGUUUUGGAUGAAAAAUCUCAAAUUCAGGAGCCAUGUUGUUCAGACCUCUUCCUGUUUCCAGAUGAGAGUGGGAAUGUGUCCCAGGAGCCUGGCCCCACUUUUGCCUCCUUCACUCACCACUUGAUUAGUGAUGCAAUGACAGGUGUGCCCACGGAAAAUGACGACUUUUGCAUUCUUUUUGCACCAAGAGCAACCAUUCAGGAGAAGGAAGAAGAACCGGUUGUAAAAGUAAUGGUUGAUGAUGCAAUUGUGAUAAGAGAUAAUUAUUUUAGUGUGCCUGUUAAGAAGACAGAUACAAGCAAAGCCCCGUUACACUUUCCUAUUCCUGUAAUUCGGUAUGUUGUUAAAGAAGUCUCUCUUGUUUGGCAUCUUUACGGAGGAAAAGAUUUUGGAACAGCCCCUCCUACUUCUCCAGCUAAAAGUUAUAAUAGUCCCCACAGUUCCCCUUCUCACACACCCACAAGACAUGGACGUAAUAUGGUAUGUGGGGGAAAAGGAAGAAACCAUGACUUUUUAAUGGAAAUCCAGUUAAGCAAGGUGAAGUUUCAGCAUGAGGUCUACCCCCCAUGCAAGCCGGAAUGCAGUUCCAGCCUCCUAGAACACCCAGUCUCCCGGCAGGUGUUCAUUGUGCAGGAUCUUGAGAUUCGAGAUCGUCUGGCAACGUCACAAAUGAAUAAGUUUUUGUACCUGUAUUGCAGUAAAGAAAUGCCUCGAAAAGCUCAUUCCAACAUGUUGACAGUUAAAGCAUUACACGUGCGCCCGGAGUCUGGCAGGUCCCCACAGGAAUGCUGCUUAGGAGUGUCACUAAUGCCACUUCGCCUCAAUAUUGACCAGGAUGCCUUGUUCUUCCUGAAGGAUUUCUUCACUAGUCUUACUACAGAAGUAGAGCUUCUAAUGGCUCCAGAUCCAGAAGUUAAAAAGUCUCCUGGAGCUGAUGUCACCUGCAGUUUGCCAAGGCAUUUAAGCUCCUCAAAGGAGCCAAAUCUAGUUCUUUCUUUCCCUGGGCCAAAGCACCCUUCCCAAAAUGGUAGUGCCAGUUCCGUGGAAGUGGCUAAUGGGGAGGAAGAGAAGGACUUCUUAGCUGAAGAAACGUCAUUUAGUGAUCAGCCUGUCUUUUUUAGAGAAUUUAGAUUCACAUCAGAAGUUCCUAUUCGACUUGAUUAUCAUGGCAAACAUGUAUCAAUGGAUCAGGGUACAUUAGCCGGGAUUUUGAUUGGUCUGGCGCAGUUAAACUGCUCUGAACUAAAGCUGAAGAGGCUCUUCUAUCGACAUGGUUUGCUAGGUGUUGACAAAUUAUUCUCAUAUGCAAUCACUGAAUGGCUUACUGACAUUAAGAAGAACCAACUACCAGGAAUCCUGGGAGGUGUGGGGCCUAUGCAUUCACUAGUACAAUUAGUGCAAGGCCUGAAGGACUUGGUCUGGUUACCAAUAGAGCAAUAUCGGAAGGAUGGGCGCAUUGUCCGAGGAUUUCAGAGAGGCGCGGCCUCCUUUGGCACCUCAACAGCGAUGGCUGCUCUAGAACUUACAAACAGAAUGGUUCAAACCAUACAGGCAGCAGCAGAGACUGCUUAUGACAUGGUGUCUCCUGGUACCCUUUCUGUUGAGCCCAAGAAGAUCAAAAGGUUUCCUCAUCACCGGUUAGCCCACCAGCCCGUGGACCUGAGGGAAGGCGUGGCCAAGGCCUACAGUGUUGUGAAGGAGGGAAUUACGGACACGGCUCAGACCAUUUAUGAAACGGCAGCUCGAGAACACGAGAGCAGAGGGGUCACUGGUGCAGUGGGCGAAGUCCUGCGCCAGAUUCCUCCAGCGGUGGUGAAACCUCUGAUUGUUGCCACAGAAGCAACGUCAAACGUGUUAGGUGGCAUGAGAAACCAAAUUAGACCAGAUGUUCGGCAAGACGAGUCACAGAAAUGGCGCCAUGGGGAGGACUGAUAUUUCAGACGCGAUUCUUGAUGAAGAUAAGGAGGGUAGAAGUAAGGAGCAUAGUGGCCCAUUGGCCGCUGUAGAGGAAACUCACUUAAUUUUAUUUUGCUCAUCUCAGGAACAAAAGCAUUUCUUAGUUAAAUAAUUUAAUAUCAAAAACAACAUGCAACCAAAAACUUCUGACAUAUUAGGGCUAGUUUGGUACUUGCCUAUAGAAAUGUUUGGUGGCUGGUGUCAAAAGUCCUUAGAGCAUUUGCUGCCAAGUUAGUGGAAUGCUUGCUUUUAUUAAAAUGACUAUAAUUCUCCUUGUUACAGAUGAGAUAUCAUUGGAAACCUCCUUUUACAGUACAGAGUGCUCAAAAACAUUUGAACACUUUGAAAGCACUAAAUAUGUUGCUCUGAGGAGUUGAUUUUUCUCAAGUUU